AUGGCUUGUUGGGCACUGCAAAUCACAGGCCUAAUACUUGGAGGCAUCGGCAUGAUUGGGACUUUUGCAAUCACUGCCAUGCCUCAGUGGAGAGUGUCUGCUUUCAUUGAAGGUAACAUUGUGGUGUUUGAGAACAUCUGGGAAGGACUAUGGAUGAAUUGUGUCUACCAAGUCAACAUCAAGAUGCAGUGUAAAUUCUAUGACACCGUACUAGCACUCCCACCUAUUUUAGAAGUAUCCAGAGGACUGAUGUGUUUUGCUGUGAUGCUGUCCGUUAUUGCCUUUCUGACAGCCAUUACUGGCAUGAAGUGCACUGUGUGUGUUGGGGAGAACAAGCAAGUCAGGAGUAACAUUUUUCUGGUAGCUGGGAUCAUUUUUAUCCUAACUGGGAUUCUAAUUUUGAUACCUGUGUCUUGGACUGCAAGCAACAUCAUUGGAGACUUUUAUAAUCCAUCAGUUCACGCAGGAUUGAAACGAGACCUGGGAGCUGCCCUCUACUUAGGCUGGGUGAGCUCAGCAUUUCUCAUGAUUGGAGGAGCAAUAUUUUGUAGCUUUUAUAGCUGUGCUGAUAAACCCAGAACAUGGAGGCAUUCAUCACAUUCCUGCCAUAGACCACACAAAUUUGAGCAUGUGGAAAUGAAAUCCACAACCAAGCACGCUUAUGUCUAG